GGUGCGCGCGUCGGCUCGGCUCCCUCCCCUCAUUCGUUCGCGACGCGUCGUCUCGCCGGCCGGCUUCCGAUACCCGGGCUCAUUCGCACCGUGUCCGUUCCCUGUAUCGCUCAACGCACCCCACAAGUUCACAAUGACGGAAAGCACGGACACCCCGGCGGCCGCAGCGCCCGAAAAAACCCCGACCGAGAAUGGAACGACUGAAACUCCUCCGGAGGAGACCCCGGAGAAGAAGGAAGCCGAGAAAAAGGAGGAGGAGACCCCGCCGCCCAAGGAGAUGCGCGCCGUCGUCCUCACGGGUUUCGGAGGGCUGAAGACCGUCAAGAUCCUGAAGAAGCCCGAGCCCACGGUCGGCGAGGGCGAGGUCCUCAUUCGCGUCAAAGCCUGUGGCCUCAACUUCCAGGAUCUGAUCGUGCGACAGGGCGCCAUCGACUCGCCGCCCAAGACCCCCUUCAUCCUCGGCUUCGAGUGCGCGGGAGAGAUCGAACAGGUCGGCGAGGGUGUCACCAACUUCAAGGUCGGCGACCAAGUGGUGGCCCUGCCGGAGUACAAAGCCUGGGCAGAGCUGGUAUCAGUUCCCGCACAGUAUGUGUACGCGCUGCCCGCCGGCAUGACGCCGCUGGACGCCGUCGCCGUCACUACCAACUACGUGGUGGCGUAUCUGCUGCUCUUCGAGAUGGCUAAUCUAGCGCCUGGCAAGAGCCUGCUCGUGCACUCUGCCGGCGGCGGUGUGGGGCAAGCAGUAGCCCAACUGGCGAAGACUGUGGACAACGUGACGGUGUUCGGCGUGUGCUCGAAGACCAAGCACGAGGCCUUAAAGGCCAACAAUAACAACAUUGAUCAUCUACUCGAGCGCGGCAGCGACUACACCAGCGAAGUCAGGAAGAUCACCCCAGAUGGCGUGGACAUCGUCCUGGACUGCCUGUGCGGAGAAGAGUGCAACCGCGGAUACUCACUGCUCAAGCCCAUGGGCCGGUACAUCCUCUACGGAUCGUCCAACAUCGUGACCGGCGAGACGAAGAGUUUCUUCAGUGCUGCGCGUGCUUGGUGGCAAGUGGACAAGGUGUCCCCGAUCAAGCUGUUCGACGAGAACAAGAGCCUGGCGGGCCUGAACCUGCGGCACCUGCUGUUCCAGCACGGCCGCGCCGAGUACGUGCGCCGCGCCGUCGACGCCGUGUUCCAGCUGUGGCUCGACGGGAAGGUCAAGCCGCUGGUCGACUCCACCUGGGCGCUGGAGGAUGUCGGCGAAGCCAUGCAAAAGAUGCACGACCGCAAGAACAUCGGCAAGCUUGUGCUCGACCCGUCGCUCGAGCCGAAGCCCAAACCCGCCACGCCCGCCAAGGAGAAGAAGUCCGGCAAGGACAAGAAGCCCGCCAAGGAGAGCUCCGAGGAGAAGAAGGAUAAGGAGAAGGAGGAGAAACCCGCCGAGAACGGAGACAAGAACGGUGAGAAAGAGGAGGAGCCCCUCACUAACGGUAACGGCAACAGCGACCAAGAGUCGAAGGACAAGGAGAAGGAGUCGAGCUGAAUUGUCUCCCCCUUGGACAGGACCAGAUAAACCACCGCCAAUAGAUUAUUUGAUAGUUGGAGCUGUUCGUGUGACGCCGCGCCGCCGCGAGCCGUCGCUCUACGUAUACUAUGUUGCCUGAUGUUUAUUAUGUUUCGUCUAUAUGAAUAAGCUUGCAUACGAGAUUGGUCGAUGCCUCAGAAGGGAGCAUUAUAAUAACAUUGUCUGCGACCCCGCGGAGGAUCGACCUGUGUCGUACUCGUUCUUACUUAGUGUUAAUCCGUCUAUCAUUACAUUCUUACCUUUUAUUUUUACUUCCCGAGUAAAUUAUUGUACGGUAACGCGAUCGGUAUAGAUACUUCGUAUGCGACAGCGAAAUUUAAAAUAAUUAUAUUUUUUAAUCCUUACUCUCAGAUUAAUUUGGACUAAGUUAGGAUCGUUUAAAUUUUUCUACGAUUAUUUUUAUAGUUUAACAUUUAAGAUUUUAUUUUUAAGAUGAGAUAUUUUAAUCUGCAGUUAUUUUGAAUGGCUAUUAUACCUAUAUGUAAGGUGCAGAGAUGCUUAAUCUUUAUGUAUGUUAAGCUUUAAUAUUUUAUUAGUAAAUGUUUAAAAUGUGGCCCACGAGACCCUCCCGCCCGGGCUCCGCGCGCCGUCGUCUCUACUCUAUCGAACGAACCAAUGAAAACGUUACGUGUGAUAUUUUUGUAGUAUGCUAGAUAUUUUGCGGUGUUUUUGAGCUGCCUAAACAUUACAUUUUUAUUUGAGCUCUGAUUGCAUUUAUUUUAUAUUUUUAUACUUGAAAUUUUGUAAAUCAUUUUCUAGUUAAGAAAAGAAUUGACAGAAUUUAUUUAGUAUUGCAUUCUCGUGAGGCGCGGGGUCCGGCCCGGCUGGCCCAGGCCGGCCCGGUCCGACCCGGUCCGGCCCGGUCCGACCCGGUCCGACGCGGCUGCCCGGCCCGGCCGAGCGCCCGCCUCCCGGGGAGAGCUUGUAAUAUUUGUAAUACCUAUCAAAUUGUAUUUUUGUGGCCGUCUGCAGGGUCUUUGAUAACUCGGACGGGAUCAAAGCCGUCAUUUAAAAUGAAUGUCAUAUUUUUAUACACGUACUGUGACUAUCUCUUUCUAAGAAGCUUUUUAUGUAUCUUUACACACAAAUAUCACAUAUCUAAUCACAAAAUGCAUUUACACGAUAUAAAAUUAGGAUAAUAUUUUGAUACAGAUAUUCACUGCAUUUCUUUUUGAUAUAACCUAGUGUUAAUUUAUGUACCAUAAUUUUGUAAGGUUGUAAGUAAUGUUUUACCGCCAUAAUGUACAGUAUGGUUCUAAGUAUGUGUACCCAGUACUACACGUGUAUAGUCGUUGGAUUUAUAACUGGCCCCGAACGGCUUAUCCUUUGUCUAUUGUUAAGUAAAACCGCACGUGCAAUAAAAAUGGUUCGAUCACUUUAACCGGUUAUUGAAUUACAACUAUGGAGAUUGCAAUAAGAUUCAAAAUUAACAAAUGGAAAAAUCAUUUGCGACUUCUUGUGUGGUCCCUCUACGGUUCCUGAGUGCCGGCGAGUCGAACGCUACAGAACCAGUCUAAAAUGUGUCAUCGAGAUGCGUCAAAGGCGCGUUAUCGUAGAGCGCACCUACACUGUUUUAUUGAGCGUUAGACUAGCCCGCGCUCAGGUGCCAAUUAGAAUUACACGAGCCUUUUUUUGCCGGUAGUGGCACGUGCCGUUUUACUUAACAAUAGACAGGAUUAGCCAUUCGGGGCCAGCUACAAAUGGAACAACUAUAUCUCCACUAACAUAUCAUGCAUGGGUAGUCAGGAAGCGCCGUGCGCGGCAGUGCUCAAGUGACGUGCCGGCCGCUCUGCCUGCGAGAGACUCGUUAGGAUUUUUUAUAAACCUUUUACCCUUUAGUAACAUUGAGCGAGAGCGAGUCGGCGCGCCGUAGUUGAUGUAGAGGUUAGCCAACGGAACGUCCCAACAAAACCUGCCUGUCGGUUGUGAGCUGCGCGAGGCGUCGCUGGAUCCAGACUGACUCAUUAGCUUUUGUAUUUCGACUAUAUUCACGAAAGAUGCUUUGGUUAUCGUACGGUGGCUUGGUGCUAGUUUCGUCUUGUAUUGUACGCGGAUACUCGCUUCAGUGUCUCGGACCAAUAUCUAUUUUUAACCUAUUCGUCGCUUUGUGUGUCAAAUACCUGCGAUUUUCGUGUAAUGUAAACAUAUAUCAUUAUUAUUAAAUCUUGUGUAUAUCGACCAGUAUAAUGGUUUAGAUUUAUCCUUGGAUUUCCUCUGUAAGAAUAGCUAACUGAACCGAUCACUAGGGAGUGUUGCGGGCGUGGCGGCGGCGCAGAACGUGUCCAAAGUUGUUGUAGGUUAGGUUUGAUGCCAAUAUUUAUUGAGAGCAGUCGCGCCGCCGCGCCGCCGCGCCGCCGCGCCGGCAGCCGGCAGCCGGCACCGUCAGAGGCUGGGUCGUUAUUGUAUUACACAUUUAUUUUUAUAAGGGCGGGCCAGUGUGAUAUCUAUACUAUGAAAUGGAUAAAUAAAUAUGUAUGAUCUGUAAAAAUGCUUA